GAGGUCGUGUUUAUGAAAAAAACUGACAUUAAUAAAUUCGUGUUUAUAUCAAUUAAAUAAAUACUAUUAUAGAUCUAAAACGAUAAGUCGUAAGCCAGAAUCACUUGUUUUGUGCUUUACUCGAUACAUCGUCUAAGAUGAAUCCUCAAUCGAACGCGUACCCUCAACAGCCACCACAAGGAUGGCCAUCGAAUAACAUUAAUCAACAAAUGGCGAACAUGAAUUUAGCGGGACCACCAAAACCCGGAAUGCCACCGAUGCCGCAGCAAUAUCAACAGCAAUAUGCUGGAUUUAACAACAAUCAAGGCCCAACUCCAACUGCUUCAAUGUCUGGACCUAGUCCAAUACAAAAUUUAAAUAAUUAUCCAACAAACAAUAACAAUAAUCAGUUUCCACCUACAAACGGGAUGCAAAAUGGACCAGGAGCAAUGACGAUGCCACAAUCGAUGGCUAAUAAAGUUCCCGUUGGACAUUUAUCCCCCUCAGCGAAUGUUGUUGCACCAGCGAUAUCUCAAAUUCCUUCGGGAUUUCCACCUACGUCAUCGCCGUCUCAGAUGCAAAUGCAACAACAACCACAACAAGGUCAACGACCACCAAUUCCAGGUGAACCAUCAAUUGCUUUACAACAAAAUGGUUACAACAAUGGAUUAGAAAAUCAAUCGGCAACAAAUCAAAGACCUCCGCAAACUGCAGCAUCUCCACCCUCAUCAGUAAAUCCGCAAAUGCAGCCACAACAAGCACCACAAGAAAAAUCGCCAAUGCAAAAUCAAUUGCCUGGUUCACAGACAUUUUCAAGUCCACCAUUUCCAGGCUCGAAUCAACAACAAUCGUUAGGCAUGCAACAGUCGAAUCAAUUUUCAUCUCCAUAUCCUAAUCAACAAAGAACUCCAAGUAUGCCUCCAAUGCCUGGUCAGCCAAAUCAAACGACACCCCAAAUGAUGAAUCAGCAACAGCAAAGAUUGCAACAACAACCUCCAAUGACCGGUCUUUCACCAAUGCCUGGACAACCUCCAAUGCCUGGUCAGUCACCAAUGACCGGAUUUUCACCAAUGCCUGGACAACCUCCAAUGGUUGGUCAGUCACCAAUGGCUGGACAACCUCCAAUGGUUGGUCAGUCACCAAUGCCUGGACAACCUCCAAUGGUUGGUCAGUCACCAAUGCCUGGACAACCUCCAAUGAUUGGUCAAUUACCAAUGUCUGGGCAAUCGCCAAUGCCUGGUCAGCCUCCUAUGGUUGGACAUUCGCCGAUGCCUGGACAACCACCAAUGCCUGGUCAGCCUCCUAUGCAUAGUCAACCACCAAUGCCUGGUCAGCCUCCUAUUCCGGGACAAACAAUGCCACCUCAAUUCUCACCUCAAAGUGGAAUGCCACCAUUACCGCAACAGCAGCAACAACAACAGUAUCCACCAGGUGCAAUGCAAAAUCGUCAAAGCUUUAGUCAACCUCCUGGAAUGUACCCACAACAGCCCGGUCAAUAUCCACAACAGCCUGGGCAAUUUCCACAACAGCCUGGAAUGGGACAACAAUAUCCAGGAAGUCCAAUGCAACAAGCAGCACCAGCACGUCGAUUAGAUCCUGAUCAAAUGCCAAAUCCAAUUCAAGUAAUGGUCGAGAAUCAAAGAACAGCUGGCGGCGUUUUCUCAACAGCUCAAGUUGGACAAGUUCCGCCUUUGGUGACAACAAAUUUUGUAACGCAAGAUCAAGGAAAUUCUGGUCCAAGAUAUGUUCGUUCAACGAUGUACAACAUACCAGCAAACACAGAUAUGAUGAAACAGAGCGCAGUUCCUUUUGCUUUAGUUAUAUCGCCAUUUGCUAGAACUGUUGGCGAUGAAAUGUCACCGCCAAUUGUGGAUUUUGGGGAAGUUGGGCCGAUUCGAUGUGUUCGUUGCAAAGCUUACAUGAGUCCAUAUAUGCAAUUUACAGAUGCAGGAAGAAGAUUCCAAUGUUUAUUAUGCAAAGCAACAACUGAUGUCCCGGCUGAAUAUUUCCAACAUUUAGAUCACACGGGUCAACGAGUUGAUAAAUACGAAAGACCCGAAUUGGUAUUGGGAACAUAUGAAUUUGUCGCUACAAAGGAUUAUUGCAGGAACAAUGUUCCACCAAAACCACCAGCAAUGAUAUUCGUGCUUGAUGUGUCGUAUAAUAAUGUAAAAUCAGGAUUGGUGCAUUUAUUAUGCUCACAAAUUAAGAACAUUAUUCGCAAUUUACCAAUCGAUCAAGGUCAAACACGUACGAGAAUGCGAGUUGGCUUUAUUACGUAUAACAAUUGUGUGCAAUUCUACAAUGUUAAAAGCACUUUAGCUCAACCACAAAUGAUGGUCGUUGGAGAAGUUAAUGAAAUGUUUAUGCCACUUCUUGAUGGCUUCUUGGUAGAUCCAGAAGAGUCUGAAAGUGUCAUUGAUUUGUUAUUGGAACAGAUUCCGAAAAUGUAUGGCGAUACACGUGAAACAGAAACAAUUUUACUUCCAGCCAUUCAAGCAGGUUUAGAAGCUUUGAAAGCAUCAGAAUGUGCUGGUAAAUUGUUAGUGUUCCAUUCAACAUUGCCCGUGUCAAAUGCACCGGGACAAUUGAAGAAUCGUGAUGAUCGUAAACUUCUCGGAACAGAAAAAGAGAAAACAGUUUUAACUCCACAAUCGAAUGAUUAUAACAAUCUUGGACAGGAAUGUGUCAACGCUGGAUGUUCAGUCGAUUUAUUUGUCUUUAAUAAUUCAUACAUCGACUUGGCAACGAUUGGACAAGUUUCAAGAUUGUCUGGUGGUGAAAUCUUCAAGUACACAUAUUUCCAAGCUGAUAUUGAUGGGCCGAGAUUGAUUGCUGAUAUUAUCAAGAACAUUUCACGACCAAUCGCGUUCGAUACCGUCAUGCGUGUGAGAACAUCAACAGGAACAAGACCAACUGACUUUUAUGGACAUUUCUUUAUGUCAAAUACGACUGACAUGGAAAUUGCAUCAAUUGAUUGUGAUAAGUCAGUUGCAGUAGAAAUAAAACAUGACGAUAAACUUCCACCAGAUGAAAAUGUUUACGUUCAAGUUGCGUUACUUUACACAUCAUGCGGUGGUCAAAGAAGAUUACGAAUUAUGAAUUUGGCUUUCAAAACAUGCUUACAAUUGGCGGAUCUUUUCAGAAGUUGUGAUCUUGAUACAACAAUAUUGUUCUUUGCUAAACAAGGUGUCACAAAACUUCUCGAGCACACGCCAAAAGUAUUUAAAGAUAAUCUUGUGAAUCGGGCUGCUCAGAUUCUUGCAUGUUAUAGAAAAAAUUGUGCAUCGCCAACUUCUGCUGGUCAAUUGAUUUUACCGGAAUGUCUUAAGCUGUUGCCACUUUAUGUCUCGUGUUUGUUGAAGAACGAUGCAUUUUCUGGUGGUUCUGAUUUAACAGUUGAUGAUCGUAGUUACGCCAUGUAUUUUGUAUCAACUAUGGAUCUACCAACGUCGGUUACAUUCUUCUAUCCACGAUUGAUUCCAAUUCAUAACGUUGAUCCAGAUAGUAACGAACUUCCAGCACCAAUUCGUUGUACAAGCGAUAAACUUACUGAUGAUGGUGCUUACAUUUUGGAUAAUGGAAUUUACAUGUUCAUCUAUUUGGGCAUUGGAUUGUCAUCAGAAUUCACACAAUCUGUGUUUGGAGCUCAAAGUACACAACUAAUCGAUACAGAACGAAGUGGUUUGCCGGUGUUUGACAAUCCAUUAUCGAAGAGAAUUCGUGGAAUUGUUGAAAGCAUUCAGAAAGAACGAACUAGAUGCAUGAGGAUUGCCCUUGUUCGUCAACGUGAUAAGCUUGAAGCUGUUUUACGUCAUUUCUUUAUCGAGGAUCGCGGUCAGAAUGGCUCUGAGAGCUACGUUGAUUUCUUAUGUUUUAUGCAUAAGGAAAUACGAUCACUUCUCAGCUAGAACGAUUUAAUUCAUGAAUCACGCAAUUUUAAGCAUUCUGUGAGAUAUGAAGAGUGUCGUAGCUACUCACAAAUCCGUGCUAAGAAUUCACGUUAUCGAAAAUUGAUGGGAAAAUGGUGAAAAAAAUAAUUAACUAAAUAAACACAAAUUUCUUUUACAAAUCAUUCAAUAUUUUAUAAUAUAUUUUUUUCUUUUUGAAACAAUGUUAUGAAUGAUUUAAAUUAAUUAAUCAUUCAUUGUUUAUGCUUAGAAUUAUUUCCACUAAUUUUUUCUCUGUUUCGUGAACAUUUAUUAAUGAUGUUUCAUGUUUUAUGCAAAUUCUUUAAUUUGAUCAUUUGAAAGUUAAUUUAAUUAAGAAAAUACAAAAGCAAAAAGAAAAUAUAAAUGUAGCAUGAAUGUGGAAUGAAGAAAUGAAAAUAAAUGAAAAAUCUUUUAUUAUUAAAUGAAAUUUCUUUGAAUCUUGUUAAACUAUAAAAAAACAAUUUUAUUAAAUAAAUUCGAAAUGGCACAUGAAAUAUUUAUUACUAAUUUGAACACUGAAAAUUAAUUUUAUAAAGGUGAAUUGUCCUUAAUUUCUUGUUUCAUGAGGUCAUUAUAAAUUUCCAGAGAUUCCAAUUUACUCUCACUAUCAACAACUUCCAUAAGGUUUUCGUAGUCAUUUGCAAUUACUGGAUCAAAAUGAACGAUAACAAGAGCAUUUGAAUGUAAAGAUUGCCAUUUAUAAGCUUCGUGACAAUUCAAAUUCUUCUGCUUAUUUGAGCAAAUCGAUUCCGUUUUCAUUAGAUAACAAAAAUGGUUCAGAUUAUUAGCUAGUGCCAGCCUAUCAAUAGGAUAUUCACCAUCUUCAAAAAGCUUAAAGAGAUCAGCGACAAUGAUGACAAAACUUCUUGAGAUUUCAGCUUUAACGAGUAGUACAGAAUUUCCUUUUUCAAACGAUGAAAACUUGUAUGAAUUUGUGUAAGUUAAAUAGUUGAGCACCAACAGUGAACGCAGAAGCAUCGAAAGACAACUGCAAAUGUCUUUCUUAUUUAUGUUUUCAGAAUUGAAAAAUUUAAUUCCACUUUCCCGCUGUAAAAUGUUCAAAGUUAUUCUAUUGAGAUUGAGUGUUGUUUCUGCCACAAGAUUCAACUCGAAAUUGUUCAAUUCUUCAGUGAAUUUAAAUGCUGUUAAUAAGUACAUGAAGAAUAAUUGGAAUGUACAAGCAGCUUCUGGAUAUUGACAACAUUUCAAAGCUUCAUUUUUUAUAACGUUGCAACUUGGAAAGUCGACACAAAAAUUCUUGAUCAAAUCGCUCCGAUGAAAAUUCUUUGUAGCAUUCACAAGAAAUUCUGAGAGAUUUUUCAUGACAAUUGCAUUAUCACAUCGACAUGAAAGUAUGACACGGAAGAAUCUCAACAAGAUUUCAUUUAAACCUUUGCUGUCAUUAAAAUGUUGAUAAUGAAAUCCAAGAUUUGAUAGGAGACUUGAUGCUGUCAUAACAAUUCCGUAAUAAUCAUAAACAUUGUUCGAUUCUGCAACUUUAAAUUCGAGAAUAUCAACAAGAAUCGACACGAAAUUUUGACACUUCACGGAACCUUCUGCGUCAUGAUAAACAUUUUUUUCUGUCAAAAGAAAUUCACUGAAUUCUCUUGAAAAUCUUGCAAUCACCGAUAUAAUUGAUAGGAGGCGACGAUAAUCUGAACAAAUUUCUUCUUUGAAAAGAUUAUCCGCUUGAUAAAGUGAAAGAAAUCCCUCAUCGUUAUGAAGAGCGUUGGAUAAAGAAUCGAAUUUUGUUAGUUUCUCUCGAAACAAGGGAAUGGCAGAGGAAUAUAUCGCUGAAAACUUUGGACAAGCAUCGAACGUUAUUUCUUGAUCUUCUUCACUUUCCAAGUAGUUAACGUAAUUAAAGAACGAAGAAAUUACAGUUGAAGUUAUGGUAAUCAACUCGUUGAUCAAUGAAGUGCUGAUAUCAAUUCUUGUCGACGUUUCCUUCUGAAUCUUAGCGAAUGUCAGUUGCAUGUUAAUAACAAGCUCUAAAAUUUCGCAAUCAUUCAAAAUCUUUGCCGGAUCGCAUUGAAAUUUUUCUUGUUCGUAGAUCGAUUUUGAAGUUUUCAACGAUUUCGACAGUGACUGCUUUGGUAAGUUAAUUGUAAAGCAAUUUUUAAUCUUUUUAAACUCGCCGCUUGUAUUUCUCGACAAAGUGUUAUUUAAACUUCCUGGUAUGGUAAAUGAAGCUUUUUUAUUUGUAGUUUGUACCUUUGCAAAUUCAAGUUGAGUUUCAAGAUCUCGAAUGGUUUGUUGCAGAAUUGGUGAAGGAUAUUGUUUAAGUUGUAAAGUUUUAAUUUUGUCCUCUAAUAUUUUUUUCUCUCGUCUUAAAUUGGAUGCUUCUCCUUUUGCAGUGUUAACUUUCUGAGUCAUAUCAUUCAUUUCCACUUUCAGAUCCUCGAAAUUCCUCUUGACAAUCGAAAGAUGUUUGUUAAGUGCCUUGAUUUCAUUCUCUUUCACUUUCACUUGUUGUGCUGUUAUGUUUUCCUUUUGUGAUAACAGAGAUGGACUAUCAACAAUAAAAUUAUUAUGAGUCGAGUGUUCAAUUCUAAUUGGUUUGUCAUUGUUUAUAUUCGGAAUAUUGAUGCGCUGAGUGCUACUCGCACUUAUUUGUUUUGAAAAUUCUUCCUCAACUUUUUGGCUUGCAAGAAUCAAAUAUUCGUCGUCACUUUCAUUAUCGUCAUACAGAUCUUGUAUUGAAAGAGGUUGUGGAAGCUGAUGUCUACUGAUUGGAAUCUGAUGACUUGUUGAUGGUUUGGAAUUAUUUUGAUUUAAAUUGUUUUCAAACUGUAAACGAUUUUGAGCACCUUUAACUGGUUGAUGAUAAUGACCAUUAUUGGAAUCAUUUCUUGGUUUUUUAAUAUUAUUUUUAUCAUUGUUGUUGCCGUUACUUAAAUGUCGCUUGCUCAUUUUUAAUCAUCAAAUGAAUAGGAAAACUUGCACUUCUUAUAGUUGUCUGUCCAAGACAAAAUAUAUAUAAUUACUGAUUUAACAAAGCCUUAAUUCAUUUAGGUAGUAAGUCCAAGGCAGGUUA